GUCAAAGAUGGAGGAUAUUGAGAAUGUUUGGAGGAUGGUGAAUGAUUCCCCUGAUAUUCCCUGAACCUGUCUGUGAAAGCCGCGCUUGGAUCAAGCAACGAUACAUUCUACAACAUUACCUCUGUUGUUCUGAGACGACAACUUAGUGAUUCAUCAUGCCAGGACUGGAAGAAUCGCUGUUCUCAUUGGAGUUAGUUGUAGAAAAGUUGUAUGUUCCUCAUGUAACAUGUCGGUUUCCCGCUAUUGCAUUCCGAUUGCUUGACUUUCCAACGAUUUUAAUCAGCCACGUAGAGCCAGACUUAGCUAAUACAAUCAAAGCUAAGAUAACGCGAGAUCCUUAUUACCAAUUACCAGAUCAGUUUGCUGAAUUAAAAGACAAGCACGGAAAUUUUAUGGUGAAAAAGGGAAAAUCAUGUCUGUUCAAGAUUCCCGUUGAGUGUCUGAGGAUGCAUUUGACUAACACACCACUUUAUGUCAUGGUGAUUGAUACAUUCUCAGACACACCAAAGUUAAUGGGGAAUAGUGCAGUACCCCUGAAUGCCCUGAUGGAUGAUAUAUCGGUGGAUAUUGCAAAACUAGGCACUACUGUACCUUCAGUUCAUGGCGACAAAGGUCUCUUUAAAGUGUACAGCUUGAUGGGGAAAGAAAUUGGAUACUUUGUCCUGGGAUUCAGGUUGCUUUGCUUAGGACCUGGGUUAAUUCCACAUUUACCAGAAGCUGCUUUGUCAAGUCGUGUAAUAAAACAAACAGUGAAAGAAAAUGAAACAGUGGAAGAAGCAAUACAUCCGAGUCGGAUACAUCAAGUUACUACUCACCAUGAAGCACAACAUUUGAAUGAAACUCGAGACAUGGGAUCUAUGACAGAUGUUGAAAAACAAGAUGCUGUUCUUCAGACCAUGGAGUUUAAUGACAAAGCAGUGCAUGUGGCAAUUUCAUGUCCAGAUGAUAAUUCACAGAAACAGAAGUGUUUGACAGCAUCUACACAAACAGAAAAGCAUAAAAAGGUGAAGCAAGUCUUAAAUGAAAAGCAAAGCUUCAUAGAACAUGUGGAAGAAAAAGAUGAUGAUGAUGGAAUUUUCAUCAAUAACAUUGUAUGUCCACCACCAAUGUUUUACAAUAGUGAAUGUGACCCAAAAAUCAAAAUGCACAAACUCCUGCACUAUGAUACUAUAUCUGAGGAUGACCUUACCAUUGAAGAUCUGGAAAGUGUAGAUGAUAAGAGGAAUACUAAGGCAACAUUGAAAGAGAAGAAGGGACAAGACCAGAAUAAGAUGACUAGUCACAGACCAUCUGAAAUGCAGACUGCAAAAGUACCAAGAGCUAGUGAUGUUACAACUUCAAGUUCAGACAUGUUCCCAAUUCUAACAGCUCUUCUGAAUGAGCUCACUGGAAUUAGGAACUCACAUUUAUUGGAAGCUGUUGUAAAAGUUACACAGGGAAAGCAGCGUGGUCAACAAAUCCCUACAGCUGAUAAGAAACCACCAGUACCAAGGUCUACAAGCAAACGACUUGAAGAAUUAAGUCAACCUAGACAACCUUUUCAUAAGGCAGGUCAACUGAUAAAUGAAGCCAUGGUACAAUCCAAAAUAGAAGAUGAACUGACAGCUGGAAGAAGACCCUAUAGACAGUGUGCUGAGCCACAGUCUCCCAUUCCAAAGAACAAGGGGUGGUUGAGACAGCUACCCGAGCAAGGUGUAAAGAAGAGUCCUCUUAAGUUUGGUUUGACCCAUACACAGAGACUCAGACUGGCUAAAACAAACCCAGGAUGGCUAAAAACUGUAGAGAGGGAAGAAGCUGAGAUGAAGAAGAAGAAAGAAAAGGUAGCAGCUGCUACCAAAGCAGAUUCAGAUGCUGAACUGAAUGUUACUAAUUUUUCUGAUACUCUUACUGAAGUCAGGCGCUUGGCUGAGAAGGAACUUGAAGGGGAUGAGACCCUAGACACAACUGCACUCCAGAGUGACCUAAGUCAAGAUGACUCAAGAAUAGCUACAGAGACAAGGAGGAAUCCUGGCAGUGCAGAGAGGGGCAAAAAGUGGUUAAAUAGAUAUGGAAAGCGUUCACCUUCACCUAAACACAGGAGCAUGUCUCCCAAAUACCAUUCAAAUUUUACGAAGAAAAAGUCAAAGGGACACGUGGAGCCAGAUAGGGAAGAUGAUGGUAAGAAAAAAAUCAGGAAGCCAAGUAUGAGACAUGCGAUGUCAACUGAGACUGAUGAAAACAGUCAAAAGAGUGAUCAACAGAGUCAAAGGAGUAUAGAAGUACAUUUGCCCAGUGCUCACAUGGAUGAUGAUGGUGACAGUGACAGGACACUUGAUGAUAGAGACACUAUUCCUAAUGACCAACUGGAGAGUAAAAAUAGGAGAUUCCCUGGAUUUGGCAAGGGCAAUGAAUCUUUCCCUGAAUCAAUUGAUGGUCAACCAAAUAAAUCUUUGAGUGAAACGAGAGAUGAUGAUCAACCACUGGAAUCAACAAGGCUGUCCACAAAUGUACCAAGGUUGAAAGAUUCCUCUGACUAUGACACUCAUCAAUUUAUGUCAACUGAGGAGCCAGAAUUACAAGGUUUGAUGAGUGAUGAAGAUGACAGAUCAGACAUAAUGGACAGUGGCAGGCAUGGGCGCCUCUCUGGAGCUGUCGUCUCUGCAAGCAUGGCAUCAGUGCACAAUUUUCCAGUAAUGAAUCCUGUUGCCUCAGAGCAAUCCCCUGUGCCUGCCACUAGACGUUCAACAGUUAAGUUAGACAUGGGCCCAAGUCAAGAACUUACGCCGAGGGAAGGUACUCCUCAGUCUCAAGGUAGCUCAAAACGUCCAACACCGCGACCCCGGCGACCAGCCAGAUUAGGUAGAGAAUCAGUGCACACAGACUCGGUGAGUUCCUACCAGCCGUCAGAUCCAGAUAAUGCUCUGAUUUCCCUCAGCAGUGAUGCAAACUACUCUGAUGACUUUCAUCCAGUUGGCAGUGAGCUUGACGAUAGUCUCACAGAUAUUUCUUCUCCAGACAUUCUGCUGCCUAGAUAUAUUCCAUCCACAAAACUUGGAUACACUAUAGCAUAAGCAGGAUCAUGUUUUUAUUGGAAUAUUGAGUAGACUUCAAAAUUAGGAGGGGGCACAGGUGACCCAGUUUCCUAAGGAGCCACAUUACUCUGUGCAGAGUUCUGUUCUUUGUGCACACCAGAGACCUAUGAUUGGCUUGAAUCACAGUUCAACCGGAUUAUGUUUCCAAGUUUGUCAGAGUGGUAAACAUCUGAGACCUGCAUCACUUCGAGCUUUCCUUCCAAAUUAAGCUGAAAUGCAGUGAUAUGACUUGAAUACUGUUCAAAGCAGCAUCAAACCCAACUCACUCACUCUAAAUUAAGGGGGGGUCCUUGAAAUCUUCUCCAAUGACAUUUGAAUCUAGCAGCCCUCUAAAUCUUUAACUUUUACUAUUUAUGGCAUGACUAGGGAUAUGGAUUUCAUGCUCAAUUUCAAACACUGUUGACAUGGUUGAAGCCGAAGUUGAAUAGUCAUCAGUACACUUAGUCAUGGUUUUAGGUGUUACAAUGUUUGUGAAUAUUUGUUAGCAUGUUUGUUUGUCAUGUGUCGCCCAUUCACUGGACCAAUCAAAAUGAAAGUUCACAUACUUAUAGACACACCAAUUUGUUUAAGAAUUGGCAUAUUGAAAAACCUCAUCGUGGCUAUUUCUCAACAGUUUAUGGUUCAAAAUGUUAUGGAAUGUGGCACGUGUGUAGUACAAUGUUAUAAGUAGUUGAGCUCAACAUAAUGUUCCUUUUUGGCAAUAUUUUAAUAUUUGACCUUUGCAAUUCAACAUUACUGAAAGCAGAAACAUCUUAUCGAUAUUAAUCAGACAUUUUAUUUCAGGAACUUGUGAAGUUUGACAGAUCUGUCAUAAGUAGUGGGGCUCUCCUGAUGUUCUUGUUCUUGAAAGUUUGUACAUGUGUAGUUCAUAGUGGGGUCCAACAUAUAUGUUUAGUUUUGUUUAUGGUAUGUUUAAUUUUGACCUUCGAUUGAUCUUUGCAAUUUGACCAUGUUACUAAAUUCAAUCAAACCUCACUCUGUGAACAGCAUCUCCUCAGAAACAACAGUACCAGUGAAGUUGAAACUGCACAUGCUUGUUCCCACCUCUGAUAACACCUGAAUUUCUUCAAGAGGUUUGAAUCUGAUUGUCAGUCUCAGCCAUUUCUGCUCAAAAUGUAACGUAAUGCUUUUACAUUAUCUCAAAAUACAGGGUUUUUUCUCUGUAAACAUUUUCUGCAGGGUCCAGACUUGGGAAGCUAAAUUUUGGCAUGUAUUGCUCUCCUUAUGAUGACAUCAUAUUAUAUUCAAAUCAUUAGCAGUGAUUAGGAUUUGACUUCUUUUACUGAAACAUACAACUAAAAAAAUACAAUUACAAAUUUUUUCUCCUUAGGUUUGUAAUAAGGCUUGAGUUGAAAUUUUGUGUAAACAUGUUCAAUUUUACUGUUGAGUAUUGCAACACUGUUCUACAAUAGUACAUUCAUUCUUGCAGAUUUGGAAACAUUGUGGAUAGUUACUUGUAGAAAAUAUUUGAUUAGCAAUGCUGACAUUAGUUACUACUUUUUGUAAGGGGCUGUUUUUGUUGACAUUUGAGAUUGUUCACUACAUAUCCAAGUGGGCUGCAUUGCUCGGGCACUAUUUUAUAUGUUUGAAUUUGUCCUGUCGCAUCUGACAUCAUGUCUUUAUUCAUGCUUCAUAGCUUUACUUUUGUUGAUCAUGUUGAUGUAUUAAAUAAUAUACUGAUGAAAACUUUAUAACAGUGAUAACAUGAUCAUGAGUAUAAGGACACCCUCCCCCCAAUACCCACUUGAAAGCCUGAUAUUCCACUAUAGUCUGGAAGGUAAUUUAAGGUACCAACGUUUACUACAAUAUCUGAAAGACUAUCGGACCUACUCCAGUCAAAGUUGGUAUGAGAUUAUUAAACAGUCAUACACAACUGGAUAUUACAUU